GCGGCAGAGACAGGCCAGUACAAGGGGGCUGUUUAGACUGGUGGGAAAUUUGUCUUGAAAGUCUUCAAAUGGCCCUGUGUAUUUCACGCUUGGGAUGAUGAUCUAGGUCCCUGACUUUCGGUUCUUGGGCUGGCUUGUCGGGGGUCAGGGAGGAAGGAGACGGGUGGAAGUGGUGUCCUGGACUUCCUGAGCUUUGCAGACAACUAUGCCCAUCCAGCUCCAGAUGCCCAUCCGGCUCCAGCAAACCGAUAACUGCCAAUCUUCCCGUCCUGCCAGGGAUGGAAAACCAGCUGGAGCGAAGGUGAGCCGGCCUCCCCAGACACUGUUCCUAGGACGCCCGGAUGGAAAGACCAUCUUCAAUUCUGUGGAGCUGGGACCCCGGGAGAGAGGUGUAAGCUACCAGGACUCUCGUUGGGGCAGAAUGGCAGAUGCCUCCAGGGCAGAAGACGACCCGGACCCCGAGUCCCCGGAGAUAAAGCUGGUGGUGGUGGCUCCCCAGGUGAGGUCAGAGCCCGAGUCCUCUGAGGAGCCCGGCCCACCAGCCUCCGGCACAGAUCAGCCGGAGGAAUCAGCCCAGCCGACUCCCACCCUCUUGGGCGACUCUCAGGCCUUCAGUCCCGAGUUAUCCUCAGAAGAGAAGGCGGCGCUGGACUUCAUCGAGACCUUUCUCAAGUCUGAGAAUCAGGAUGAAACCAGCAAGCUCAGUUUCCUUAAGUCAGUCAGCCUCUUGUGCCAGGCCGAAGGAGUCAUCCAGGGCCACCUCGAGAGCUUCUGCAGCAAAGAGGUUCUGGUCCAGACACUUCAGGCUCUGAUCCUGCAAGAGAUGGAUAACUUUCUGCCCAGCUCGGUGUUACCGCAAACUUUGCUUUGCAUUGCUGAUCUCAGUCAGGUGAAGCCCGGCCUGCACCCCCUACAGAAACAGGGCCUGAUCGAAGUGAGCAUUGGCAGCCUUUUCUCCCUGCCCUGCAUCAUCCUGCUGUCCCCCGAUCCCGUGGGCCCCGCUGCUCUGUACAUAAAGACGGUGAAUGCUCUGAGUACACUGCUGAGUGCUCUGUUAGUGGAGAAUUCGAAACUGAACAUGCUCGUGUUGCAGGACAUUGUAGAGGUCACCCUGCCCUGGUUGGCCUCUGAUAAGGUCCAUGAGCGAGCCCGAGCUGUGGGUACACUCGCCCAAAUGCUGAAAUUUGUUGACGAUUACCCCGUGCUGAAGCACAUGGAUCUAUUCAGCUUGGCCGGGAAGCUGACGGGCUCCCUCAGUCUUUGCUGCAUAGACCUGAGCCAGGAGAUCUGCUUGUGGUCUUCCCAAGCCCUGAGUUAUUUCUUCAGCAUCAUCACCAGGCAGCGGUAUACGUCUCUGAAAACCACGCGGGUAGACCACUGGAGACUCAUGAGAGACUGUGAGUUCCAGAAGAACAUCCACUCCGAAUGGUUCACCAACACGGAAGACAUUGUUCUGCUCUUUCAGAAAUUCCUGAGCCCAGAAGAGAGGGCAGAUAUGUUGCUUGCGGUCACAGAAAGCAUGAGGGACGCCAGCCGACACAACAGCUGGGUGGCCGACAUGAUCCUGCAUGUGGUGCUGAAGCCGCCGUUACCCAGAAUUGGGAAGGUGCCAGAGUUGGUCCGAGCCAUUAAUUCUCACCUGCAGAAUUUCAGCUACCCCUGGAUCCAGAAGGAUAUGCAGAAGAUUUUUCAUUUGCUGACUCAGAGGCACCCAGAAGACGUUAUCUGGACCUUAAUGGAAUAUCAGGACUUGGAUGAACACAGGGAACUAUGGAGGAUCCUGGCGUCAGAUGCAAAGACAAACCAGGAGGUCCUGAGUGUUCUGAAGAAGAAGCUGUGGACAGUUCUGGCCCAUGAGACAGAAGAAGGGGACUCCAGAGAGCCACUCCAGCUGACCACCAUACAGGCCACUGAGGCCCUGUCCAAGCUGUUGCUGCAGGCUGGCUGCCGCCGGGAAGUGCCUGCCUUCUACCCAACCCUGCUGGUGGCCCUCCUCUACCAGCUGUCCUUCCUGGUGGCCUGUGAGGACAGAGAAAAGUCCCAGGAGCAGCAGGGAGAGCCUGCCAGCCCAGACCUCAUGAGCUGCACCCUGCAGGUCCUGAAGACUUUGAUUCGUUGUGUUGGAAACGGUGACCAGGUGACCUACGUCCAACUUCAUGGGGGCUGGAACAUGCUGUCCGGCCAACAGAGCCACUUGAAAGGCAUCUCGCUCCUGGGCAGCAGGUCCAUGGUGGAGAAGAAUCCCCGAUACAAUCCAUCCCUCUUCAGGCUUCUCUUCCAAAUCCUGCAGGAGGGGAGUCACGAGAGCCUGGUCCCCACCAUGACCUUCUUCACCGAGCUGCUUCGGAGUUCGGACGUGGCGGCCUUGGUGGACGAGUCCAUCAUCGGCCUGAUGGAAAGCUGGAUGGAGGCCAGGGACCCCGCGGUUCACCUGCUGACCCUGCGGGCCGUGGCGAAUCUGGGCCUGCACCAAAAUACGGAGGGCUACCUUCUAGAGCUGCAGCCUGUGGUUCUGAGCUGCUGCUGCUACUCCAAGCCAGAGGCCACCACACGGGAAGCCUUGGCCGUGCUCAGACACAUCAUCCACAUGGCCGACCCUCGCGGCCAGGCCCUGCACACCCUGGAGAUCGCCGCCGCCCUGCACCCCUUCUUCGACGAUGAAUCAGAGGAUCUGCGCCUGGCAGCCAUUGAGACCUAUGGGGCUCUCAUGGACCGGCUGAGGGGUCUCUAUUUGGAGCCGCGAGUGCGACGGCAGGUCCUCAGCAGCCUGGUGCCCCUAGUUCUCCACCUGGAGGAUGAGAAUGUGCAUGUGGCUCAGGAGUGUAGGCUGGCCCUCCUCCAUAUCGCAGAUGUGCUGUUUUGGGCCAAGCUCAGGCGGGUGCUGACCCACGUGUUGGCCCAGGGAGCUGUGUGGCGAGUCAGCGAGUCCCUGCUGGAGGAGGGGAAGAGGACGGCCCGCCUGUUCCUGAGCCAGACUCUCGGCUUCUUCACCCACUCCCAGGCUUCGAUCCGCCGUGUGGCCGUGUGGUUUGUUGGUCUCACGAUCCGGCACUUGGAUGUCCAGGAUGAGGGGGAGCUAGAGCGUGUCUUUGUGGCUCUGCGACGGCUGCAAGGAGACCCCGAUCUAGAGAUCAGCUGCCUCGCCUCCCAGACCCUCCUCAUCCUGGAAGCCCGAGAGAAGCAGUCACCCUGCUGCAGGGGUCUGGCCAGUGGCUUCUCCCUUAGGAGAACUUCAUGAGAGAAGGAGCCACCUGGAACAUCCAUUCUGGCCCAGCCCCGGAGUCUGGGGUAUCCUGUCCCUUUCUCCCCUUCCCAGACACAUCUCAGGUGAAAUGUUUAUUGUUGCAGAACUUCUGUCAUAAAGAGAAAUUGGAAAGUG